AUGCACUUGGGGAGGUCAUCUUUCUGGGGUCUAGCCACCUCUCUACUGGCCUGUACUACUGCGAGUGGUACAAAUAACAGUCUUCCAGCUAUCGAGAUCAAAGGCAACGCUUAUUUCGAUUCUGAGAGCGGAGAAAGAUUCUACAUCCGCGGGGUGGCUUAUCAACCUGGCGGAUCGUCCAACCUUACAGAUCCACUAGGCGAUCCGCAAAUUUGCUCAAGAGAUGUGCCGGUUUUCAAAGAUCUCGGCCUAAAUGCGGUACGUGUCUACACUGUCGACAACACUCAGGACCAUACUGAGUGUAUGCAGAUGCUUGCAGAUGCAGGAAUAUAUGUGAUUUUGGAUGUGAACACUCCUGACAGCUCCAUCUCCAGGUUCGACCCUGCUUGCUCGUAUAAUGCAGACUACUUACAGACUAUCUUCGCAACUAUAGACUCCUUUGCGCAGUUCAGCAAUAUCCUUGGGUUUUUCGCAGGAAACGAAGUGAUCAACGAUGAUACCAACACGAAUACGGCCACUUACGUAAAGGCAGUGGUUAGAGAUAUGAAGAAAUACAUGCGGGCCAGGAACUACCGCCAAAUUCCAGUGGGGUAUUCAGCCGCCGAUGUUACCUCCAAUGUUCAACUAGCCGCCCACUAUUUCAAUUGCGGCGAUGAUGAAGAUGCUCGUAUUGAUAUGUUUGGUGUCAAUGACUACUCUUGGUGUGGAUACUCAUCGUUUCAAGAGUCUGGUUAUUCUGUUAAAGUAAAGGAUUAUAGCAACUACUCUGUACCCAUUUUCUUGAGCGAGUUUGGGUGUAUUAAGACAACUCCGAGACCUUUCACAGAAAUCGGUUCCAUUUAUUCAACUCAGAUGUCUUCCGUAUUCUCUGGAGGGCUUGUUUAUGAAUACUCGAUGGAGGCGAAUAAUUAUGGAUUGGUGCAAAUUGAUGACGGAUCAUCCGUUACAAAGCUCCAAGAUUUUCAAAACUCAAAGAAUCAAUACCAGGACAACCCAAAUCCUGAAGGCGAUGGAAACUAUUCCCAAAAUAAUAACAUCUCUGCUUGUCCUUCUUACCAACAGGGGACAUGGGAGGCGAAUAACACUCUGCCCCCCAUGCCAAGUGCUGCUUCAGUGUUUUUCUCUAUGGGUGCCGGACAACCCAUGGGUACUGGAUACCCCACGCAAUUCAGAUGUGGAGAUGCGAACGUAAGUGACUAUUUCACCGCAGAUGCAACUUCGUCCUCCAUCAUUUCAAGUUCUAAAUCUUCAUCGUCCUCAAAAAGUUCCGCUUCUUCCAGCUCUUUUUCAUCCUCUUCUUCAUCCUCUUCUCAUGUCAGUAGUGGUACUACGUCUUCCAAAAGCUCCUCUAAAUCAAAAGGUGGAGCUUUGGCUGCAGCUCAGAUUCCCCUUGUAUUCAGAGCAAUGGGUCACAUAUGGAACUACAUUUUAUAA